GCAUUUUUUGUCAAAUUAAUUAGUCAAACGCUAGCCAUUGAAUCGACUAGCACGGAUUCUGUGAAAGCAUCAUGAGAUUCAACGCUUCUUUGCUGGCCUUUUUGGCUUGCUUGAGUUUCUCGGCAGCUCAAGAAGUAGGAAGUUUUUCAGAAAUCGUUUCAUCUCUGGAACGCGGAAUUUUCCUGCAAAUCAACAUCGAUGUGGAACAAUGCACCGCAAUUUCAGAUCCUUUUCCAACCAGCAACUUGUUCAUUAGCAUGCCCAUGAGAUUAUGGAGCCAUCAGACGACGAUUGAUGAAACUUCUGGGCAACCUGUGCAAGUCGUUAAUGCCGAAGAUUUCUAUCUUGAAGCGGGCUCGACCGCCGUGGAUUGGGUUGCAAGAAAUGUGCAAAUCAGUGAGGAUGGAACUGUGUUGCUAAAAAUAUACGUCGGAGGAGUUGUUGAUCCGUCUUCGAGUUUUGAAUUUGGCUGUCAGCUGGGUUCUUCGGCCAUUGUUCAUUAUGUCGACGAAGUCAAUGCCAUUGACUCAUACUAUACUUAUCUGGAAGUAAAAUCCGCCAUGCUUCUCGGUCGUCACGUGGAAGCAAAAGCAUACCUUCACAGAUGCAUCAGCAGCGAUCAGGUUCUGCCUGAGGGAAAUGAAAUUGUUUUUGGCUACAUCGCGAACAAUAUCCUCAUAUUCAACGAAGGCACGACUGAGGAGCAUUUGACAGUUUAUGAAAACGGUGUUUUGCGUGACGAAAGUGCGUCGAACGGAUUGGUGUCAAUCGGAGAAUCACUUGAAUUGUGGCCUAAUGGAUCAGCGAUUAUUCAAACCGGAGUUUUCGACUCUGGCACUUGGGCUCCGAUUUCCAGCAGCACAUACGAAUGCAUUUUGGCAGAUUCUCUGCAAUUUUCUAACGUCCGACGCGAAAGAGCGGGAACUUACGUUAAUUACAAUGACAUCAAGGAGUCGACGCUUCAAGGACACGAGAUGGAAGUCGUUAUUUUCAAAGAUUACUGUCAAACAGUGACUGGACCGAUCCCAGCAGAAUUAACCAUUGGGGUUCGGCGAUUCGACAGCUUCCAACUGUUCCAAGCCGAUUCCACUUGGGGUCCAUUGGAGCACAUUGCUUUCUCAAGUCACUUCACUGAUGCAACUGGAUUGAGUUACAUCGAAGUUGUUAGAGUUUACGAAGACGACAAAGUGCAAGUUCACUACGAAAUCGUCGACAGUCCGAACGGCGAUUGGCAAACCGGAGAAUUGCUGUGCCCUUUGUCGACUUCCGCGGUUUUCCACGCUUCCUCCAGGGAAAGACGUCCUGCACAAAGCUACGCUGAUAUCGUCGACCGCGUAAUGACAGAAGGAUCAGUAUUCGAAGUGGAAGUUGACUUGAGCGGCUGCGAAGUGCCCAUGGAUUUCGGUUUGACA